AUGAACGGGGAUACUGUGGUCACUAGUUAUGACUACGACGCACCCCUAACUGAGUCAGUCGUGUCGCUAACCACUGGUUACGGGAAACUCAAAGUAAAAGAUUACUUGAGUUUAGAGGAAGUGUUGACACUAAUGAAGCCAAUCGUGGUGCCUCUGAUCGGGGAGUCAUACUCGUUGACCACAAAGAGGUCGGUGUUGUCGACAACAAUAAAUCAGGACUUAAAUGACACACAAUUUGCAAACACAACGACUCAUACGUUGGAUAUAAUCGUCGAAAACACCGGUCGAGCGAAGAUUGGGGACGGGAUUAAUACCGCCCGAAAAGGUCUUAACGGCGAUAUCACUAUCGAUACAAAACUUGUCACAAAUAUCGAGACAUUUCCGCUUGAAUUCAAAGAACCAUUUGUUAAGCAAUUGUCUGAAUUGAAGGGAAAGCCGUUUGUUGAAGGCAUUAAAAGUCCAGCCGUUUAUCAGUUAGAAUUAUUGGAUAUUAAGGACAGUCCGAGGGAUACAUUCAUACGACUGGACGGUUGGGUGAAAGGCAAUGCAUUCAUCAAUGGUUUCAAUAUCGGCCGGUAUUACCACAUCGGACCCCAGCAGACACUGUAUAUCCCUGCACCGUUACUAUAAACGGGCAAAAAUGAUAUAUUAGUGUUUGAAUUGCAUUCCGCCACCGAUUCGGUUGACUUCACGGAUACACCGGUUUUGGGUUAAACUAACCCUUCAAUUAAUUGACAGGACUUUUGAUAUACUUAUAACUUUAUGUUAAAAAUUA